GCAGGGUACACUUGUAUAGCGGAGAAUGGGAGACCACAGCAAAUAUAAUUUAUUUAUUUAUUUAUUUAUUGCUUCUUCGUUUGCUCCGACAGCAAAAUAAUAAUAAUAAAAAAAUACUAUUACGCUUUCACAGCUUUCCAAAAGAAGGAGAAAAUAUAGAGAGCAGUGGAUUACAGCAGUCUGAAGAGAGAGAGAUUUAGAGAUAGUCAUUUUCGGUCACUUGUAUGACAAACCCUAUCGCAGCUGUGGUAAAUCGUUUUUUAAAACUUAUUCCAGAGCAAUAUAGUACAAAGUAUAAUGUUAUAAAUGUACACAAAUAAUUGUAAAAAUUGCACAUAUAAAAAAGUUUGCCAGAUUUACGACGCUACAUGAGGCGGAAACACGUCAUCAUAGUCUGUGAAAAGGGUCCAUCCAUACGACGUACUUGUGGACUCACGACGAGCACGGAUCAAAUAAAAACAAUGUACUAAUGACAGAUGUUUUAUAUCGCUUAUAAAUUCAUUAAGAUUGAAGUCUCGAGUAAUUCGGGUUGCAAAGUUGGUCAACACAUUUAGGCAGCAUAUAGGCCUCAAUACUGAACGCCAUGGCCAUGACUUUCAUCAACAGUCUGGAUGGGACGAUUUUAGCUAAACUAAGCAGAUCACAGUACUUGUGAGUCAUCAACCCUAGUGUCUCAGGAACCUUUUGGUCCUCCACUUAGUAUCGCUGUGUAAAUAUCCAGCUUCUAAUAAUCCCUUUACCUAACCUCAGAGUAGCGGCAUUAUGACUGAUCCAAAAUGCAAAGAAAAGGAUGUCCCUAACAGCCUGUCUAAUAGAGAUGCCAUUGAACUUCCUGAUGAUCUGUUUUUAAGCGACUCUGACCCUGAUGAGCCCACGGAGCAUUUUAGCAGAAAGGUUGAGGACUUGUCGUCUUCCUCGGAAGAGGAAGAAGAUGCUCGGCCUCGCCUGCCUGUUCCUCAAGACAGUCCCACUUUCAGACUGACAGGUGGGAGCUCUGGUUUCUGUGAUCGUAGCAAGGACAUCUUCGCACAGUUGGAUAGUGCUGCAAAGCUCGCUUCUAAACAGCUAGGCGAAGACAACAUUCUUGAUGGCAUGUUUGCGCGUCCUGCUCCACCGUCACCUCCACAUGUAGCUCAAGGGAAGUGUGAUGUUGACCCAGAGGCAACCAAAAAACAACCUUUGGGUAAAAAGCUCCCAAACUAUCUUGCACAUCCUGAGCGCUGGACCCACUACAGCCUUGAAGAUAUCCCUGAAACCAGUGAUAGAAAGAAUAGCCAGGUGGCUCCACAGGACAUACAAGGGCUUCAAGAAAGCAAGAGGUCUCAGAAUGUCGUGUUGGAGACUUUCACUCCAGCUUUCAAUCAGGAUCAUGCCAGCAGCUAUGAGAACAAGAUUGUGUUCACUAAACCCAAGAGCAAAGAUCAAAGCAGGAACAAACUUGACCAUCUUAGCAAGGAAGAGGUUGGACUUAAACACUUGGAUGAUGGACAAGAGAAUGAAGAAGGAGAGUCUACACCUCUUCAUCAUCUUGGCUCAUGGAAGGAUGAAGAGAAGAAAAGGAAGUGGUUUCCUGAGAAAGAGAAGGAAGAGGAAGACAAAAAGGUGACCAGUGUUGUCUUCAACAGUGGCAGGAAAUUAAACCGCAAACGCUUUCGUAAAACACUUGAAGAUGAGGAAGGCACAGAGUGAACUUUAAUCCUUCAAAACUUGUUUUUAUGUUUCUAUGGACAUGAAACCUCCCAUCAUUUUGUAUUACCAAUCUUGCUUUUGGCAUUUAUGGGGUUAAUGGCUCAAUGAAAAUGAUCAAGUCAUAAAUUACUAACUUCCCAAAGUAUCCUUUGUAUAAAUUAGCCGUCAUUUGUCUGCAGUGGUAUCAGUGUUUUAGUGUAUGCAAAACUAUUCUGAAGUACUGUGUCAGUUUUUAUGAUCACUUUUCAUAAACUCAGUUAUGUAUGUACUUUAAGAUGACAUUAAACAAUGGUCCAGUA